AUGGGUGUUACAACUUAUAAUGAUCAUGAUGAAUUGACAGAUGAAGAAUUCCAUAAUAUAAAAGAUUUGGUCUUAAAAGCUAAAGAUUAUGCUUAUUGUCCUUACUCAAACUUUAGAGUUGGAUGUAUAGUGCUAACUCAAGAAGGAGAAUUCAUAAGAGGAGCGAAUGUUGAGAAUGCAUCAUAUGGUGCAGGUGUAUGUGCAGAAAGAUCGGCAUUAACCAAAGCAGUUACUGAAGGUUACAAGAAUUUUAAAGCAAUUGCAAUUUCAGGAGAUACAAAUGAACCAAUUGUACCAUGUGGAAUAUGUAGACAAUUUAUCAGGGAGUUUAAUAAAAAUAUAACAAUAUUUUUAUUUAACAAAGAUGGGGAAUUUAUAAAAGUUUAUUUAAAAGAUUUAUUACCAAUGAGUUUUGGACCUGAAGAUCUUGGGGUUAAAACUGGUUAA